GUUCAAAGUCGUUUCGAGGAGGUAGAUGCGUUCGUGGAAAGCGUGGAGAAUCUCGGUUUUGCGCGCUUUCGACCUAAAAAGCAAAAGCGAUUUGCUUGUGAAGCGAAUACCCAUUUUUUCCUUCAGGGGUUUCAGAGAAAAGGACAAUUAUCCUCUAGUGCUCCUGGAGAUUCGGGAUCAACAAAGACUACACAAGCAACUGCAACGACAACUUCGGCACAAUCUGCAUCAACAUCUUCUAGUAAAGAACCAUCAACAAGAACUUCGAAAACUUCUAAAAAGGCCGCUCCCGCGGACGAAGGACGAAAGGCCAAGAGAAGAAAGACCGCCACAGACACGGACAGCGGAAAAAUGGGUUAA